ACGGAAUGCAGGCGGAGAGUGAAAGAUGGAGACGGGAACAACAGUAAGUUGGGAGUAAGUUUAUGGAAUUUAAAGCUGAAAUAGAGGAGUAAAACUGAGUCUGUGGAUUACUGGAGCCCCUUUUAAACCUGAUCAGUUAGUAGGAUUUGGACAUGCAGGUCCAGGAAAAGGCUGGAUAGCGUAUUAUGAGCGGUUUCAGAAUCAGAAAUGACAGCACCCAGGCCACGGGCCUUCAGAGGCUUUGAGGAUUGGUAGUUUGCCCUGCAAUGCCUCCUAAAGUGACCAGCCAGGGUAAGGCAGAGGACACUGCUGUGCAGGUGGCAGUGCGAGUGCGCCCGCUGCUCCCCAAAGAGCUCCUGCACAACCAUGAGAGCUGCAUCACCACCUACUCGGAGGACAGAAGGGUUACUCUCGGCCAUGAUCGCCACUUCCACUGUGACUUUGUGUUUGAGGAAAGCUCAGCUCAGGACGAGGUGUAUGUGGGAUGUGUCCAGCCCCUUAUUGAAGCCUUUUUUCAGGGUUUCAAUGCCACCGUAUUUGCUUACGGGCAGACAGGUUCUGGAAAAACUUACACGAUUGGGGAAGCCAACAUAUCCUCCUUCAGAGAUGAUGAACAAGGGAUCAUUCCCAGAGCUGUGGCUGAGAUCUUCAAACUACUGGACGAGAAUGACCUCAGUGACUUCUCAGUCAGAGUGUCUUACCUCGAGGUUUACAAGGAGAUCUUCAGAGAUCUUCUGGAGGUUGAGACGGCCAGCAAAGACAUUCAUAUCCGGGAAGAUGACAAAGGGAACAUAGUUCUGUGUGGAGUGAAGGAGUGUGAAGUGGAGGGGCUCGAUGAGGUGUUGAGUCUUUUAGAAUCCGGGAACACGGCCCGACACACUGCAGCCACUCAGAUGAAUCCUUACUCCAGCCGUUCUCACACCAUCUUCACUGUGCUCAUGGAGCAGCGGCGCGGAGGCUUGCGGGCAACAGGAGGGAGCCUGCAGAUCCUCUCCUCCAAGUUCCACUUUGUAGACCUUGCCGGAUCUGAGCGCAUCCUAAAAACUGGAAACGCUGGCGAGAGACUGAAGGAGAGCAUUCAGAUCAACAGUGGACUUCUUGCGCUGGGAAAUGUGAUCGGAGCACUGGGGGAUCCCAAGAGGAAGGGCACACACAUUCCUUAUAGGGACUCCAAAAUCACUAGGAUCUUAAAAGACUCUCUUGGAGGCAAUGCCAAAACCCUCAUGAUUGCCUGCAUCAGUCCGUCAUCUUCUGACUUUGAUGAGAGCCUCAACACCCUCAAUUAUGCAAAACGAGCACGCAACAUCCAGAACCGAGCCAUGGUGAACUGUCGUGGUGAGCCUGACCGAGUUGAAGGCCUGGAGCUUCAGAUUAAAGCUCUGAAGCGGGCUCUGGAGAACCGGCAGCGCUCAGAAACUCGAAUCCUCGCACGUUCAGACACAGAGCGCCGCACACGGCCUCUUGAGCCGGAUGUAAGUAAGCUGCAGGCGGAGAGCGCCCACUACAGGACAUGCACAGACUCUGCCUACAGGCUGUUUGUGGAGCUACAGGGAGAAGGCACGCUGAACUCUGGGCAGCUGCUGCGGGUAAAGGAGUGGCUUUGUGCCGUGGAGGAGGAGCGCAGUGGACUGACCACAGCUUCAGGACUGGACAGUGGUAUCGAAAGCAGUUCCACAGAGGAUUCUGCCAUGCUUAAAAAGGGACGAGCACUUCUAAAGGGUCAGGACCAAAAUCAUGUAAAAGACGAUUGGAACAGAGAAAAGGAGGACUACAUUUCCCAACUACAGGCCCAAAUCCAAAAGUUAGAACAGGAAAACACAGACUUCCUCGCUGCCUUGGAAGAUGCAAUGGAACAGUACAAACAGCAAAGUGACAAGCUCCAAGAGCAGCAGGAUCUCAUCACAGAGUUACACAGUCUCCUGGCGCAACCAGGGGGGCUUGGGCUGCUGCACCUGAAAGAAAGACCCCACACAGCACCCAUCAACUCAGUGCAGCAAGCAGCAGCAGGCCAUUUAAACCAUGUCUACAAUGGAGACAUAAGAGGAAGCCCUUCGCAACAGAUUGGCCUGGGUGCUUCCAUAGAUAGCUAUUCAUUUUCAGAGCAUGUCCAGUGGGAUUGUGGUCAAGGGGAUCACGAGCAAGAGUCCCACAGUGGAGCAGAGGACAGAGAUGGAGAAGAAACUCUCAGCAAAGGGAGCCGAGACAGACGGAAAUGCAUUAAUACAACCUGGUCAAAGAAAGACGCACCAUUUCAAGCCUUGUCUGGAAGGGCUAGAGCACCUUUGACUCAAGUGCUGGGACCAAGCCAGCCUUCAGUAUUAUGCAACAGGCGCACUUCUAACAGCAGUAUAGGGGAGAGCUCAGUGCUGGAGAGCCUGAGGGGCUGUGUGAUGGAACUGGGCUCAGAACGGGGGCUGUUCCUGGCCCAGCAGAAGAUCAGGGAGCUCUCCAUUACCAUCCGCAUGAAGGAGGAGCUCAUCAAAGAGCUGGUGAAAACAGGUAAAGAUGCCCAGGCCAUGAACAGACAGUACAGCCGGAAGGUAGCAGAGCUGGAGCAGGAGGCUGAGCAGGCCCGGGCCGAGCUCAUUGAGGCCCAGAAACAGCUGCAGGACCUGGAGGUGCAAGGCAGCCGUGAUGCUGCUGACCGCACCAAAGCACAGGAGUGCAGGAGGAAAAUCGCUGCCGCACAGAGCAAAGUGCAGGUGUUGAAGCAGAGACAGCGGGACACUGCGCAGCUGGCUUCACUGUCAGUGCAGAGCGAGCGACGUGUGCAGGAGCUGGAGAGGAGCGUGCAGAGCCUGCGGCAGCAACAGGACCAGCUGCACCGACGCCUGCGAGAGGAGAGUCAACAGAAGAGGAGGUUGGAGAGUGAGAUGCAGCGGGGGAAACACAGAGUCAAGGAGCUGGAGAUAAAGAAUGAGCAACAGCAGAAGAUCCUGCGGAUUAAAACAGAGGAAAUUGCUGCCUUCCAGAGGCAGAGGAGAAGUGGCAGUAAUGGUUCAGUCGUCUCACUCGAGGAGCAGCAGAAAAUUGAAGAGCAAAAACGCUGGCUGGAUGAGGAGAUGGAGAAGGUUCUGGAACAGAGGAGAAGUCUGGAUGACCUGGAGGGGGAGCUGAAUAAGAGAGAAGAUAUCCUGGCAAAAAAAGAGGCGUUGCUGGUAGAGCGCAGUGGCCUAGAGACCAAACGACUCCGCUCUAGCCAGGCUCUGAGUAAAGACCUGGUGACGUUGACGAGUCGCAUUGAAACUCUGGAGCAAGAACUGAGUGAGAGGAACGGUCAGCUCCGCAGCAGCAGCGCCCAAGACUCACAGCAGAUCCGGCAGGAGAUCUCUAACCUCCGGCAAGAGAAAGAACAACUCCUCAAACAGAGAGUAGAGCUGGAUGACAAACUGCGCCAGGGCAACCUGCUGUCUCCUGAGGAGGAGCGCACCCUGUUUCAGCUGGACGAGGCCAUAGAAGCACUGGACGCUGCCAUUGAGUACAAGAAUGAGGCAAUCACACAAAGGCAGAGGCAGCUGAGGGCAUCAGGGAGCAUGCUGACACAGUGGGAAAUGAACCUGAUGGCCAAGCUCACUUACCUCUCCGCCUACGAAACCCGUGCCCUGCUCUGCAAGUACUUUGAUAAGGUGGUGUCCCUACGUGAGGAGGAGCGGAGGCUGCAGAUGGCUCUGGCGGAGCUGGAGAUGCGAGCAGGGGAGCAGCAGCAGCUGGUGCAGUGGUUGGAGGCAGCUCUGGAGCGGCAGCAGCUGGACACAGACCGGAGACUCACGCAGCAGCAGAAAGAACAUGAAAGGAAUGUGCAGCUCCUGUUGCAGCAGUGCAGAGAUCAAAUGGAUGAAGGCCUUGCAGGACGACAGAGGCAGUAUGAGGGCCUGAUCCACAACCUCAGCAAAGAGCUUAACAUGUGCAAAGCAGCCAAUCAAGAGCUUAGCUUCAAAAUAAGGGACAUGUGUGGACCAAUGGGCCAAGCUGGAGAUCAGAGCAAAGGUGCAGCAGACAGAAUUCCAAGUCGAGGAGACGGCGUUAAAUGUCCCCCAGAAGCGGACAGAGUUCAAAAAUCCAGAGAGGAAAUGCGGGAGUUAGUGCAUGCACCCCUUCCCCCCACAUGGAGGCGCUCUUCACUACCAACAGAGGACCAGCAUGGCAUGGAGGAGCUUCUACAAAGGGCAGCAUGUGAGAUUCCUGCCAACCGGAUCGUUCAGCCCAGUAUGAACACUGCACACUGGAUUGGGGCUCCCUCGUUGCCUCUCAAUAAACCACGGAGAGAAUUCAGGAGAUCAAGCCUAAACACAGGACCAAUUGGAUCAAAUUCUUCAAUUAUUGAUGUUCGGAAAAACCCAGUAUAGGAAGUUCAUCUUUUGGACAUUAUACAUUUUUACUAUUGCUUAUUGACUCUGCAUUUUUAGUGCUAAAUUACAUGAAACAACACAUAUUGAGAUAUUGUUUCAUGCUUACAUUUUAUGUACAGUAUAGUAGCACUUUUUUGGAGUGUCACACUUCUUUGACAAAUUUUGUAUUUUGAUGUACCCCUUCUUGGAUAUGAGUAAACAUCCUAUGACUAUUUUUGUAUAUUGAAAAAUAUAUGUAUAAUAAGAUGUUUAACAUGUUUCAAGUUAGUUUGGAAUUAGAAUAAACUGGUUUUUACUUUACAGUUUAUGUUCAUAAGCAUAAUAAGCAAUUUCUCAUAUCAUAUCAUUCAACUAUUAUUCAACAGACCAGUGUCCUAUUUCUCUGUAAUUUUCUAUGAAAAUGUAAUUACUUUUUUCAUUCAAAAAAUAAUGGUAGCAUCAUGUUGGAUCUAGCAUUUUUCAUUUGGCUGAUAAAAGGGCUAGGAAUGUGUUAAACUUUUUUUAUUGUUUUUUAAAAACAAAACCUAUUUCAUGUAUAACAUAUCAUUGCUGUAAAACAAACCCCUUUUAUCUCUUUUGCUUUUUUAUGUUCACAGUCUGGCAGUUCUUUAAAUUGUCAUUAAUUGUCUUACAUUGUGAUUCUCACAAUGGGUGUACCAAUACAAAUGCUCCACAGUUA